AGAGUAUAUAGCUGACCGGCAGGUCGUCCCGGACAGUCAGUGUCAAAGCCGAGCACGGUACCGCACGCGGAUCCUCAGCUCCUUGAUAAAGAGAAGCCUCCUGGAUUUGGCCCAAGUAUAAUCGAGCGAUGGCCUUGAUACCGACCUUCUUUCGCGAUUGGUGGGACGACUUCGAGCGCCCGAGCCGCCUCCUCGACCAGCACUUUGGCGUGGGUCUUUCGCGGGACGAGCUCGUGCGCACGCUCUCGACACCCUCCUUCCGGGGCUACUACCGGCCCUGGCGCAAUCUCCUCGAGCAGUCGAAUGGCGUCUCCAAGGUCCAGCACGACAAGGACAAGUUCCAGGUGAUAAUCGACGUGCAGCAGUUCAAGCCGGAGGAGAUAACGGUGAAGACCGUGGACAAUUGCAUAGUCGUCGAGGCGAAGCACGAGGAGAAGAAGGACGAGCACGGCUUCGUAUCGAGGCAAUUCAUCAGGCGAUACCUGCUGCCCGAGGGCCACGACAUCGGCAACGUCGAGUCCAGCCUCUCCUCCGACGGCGUUCUCACCGUCACCGCGCCCGCCCUCGCCAUCGCCGCUCCCGGCGAGAAGAUCAUACCCAUACAGCACAGCCCGGGCCCUGCCGUCGUCUAGGAGUGGCGAACGUCGGACGGAGGGUGCUGC